CUACUGCCUGGGGAUGGGGGGCUGGAGCAGAGAGAUCUAAGACCCAGAGUCAAGAGCCUAGUACACAGCAGGUGCUUCAUCAAUGCUUGACCCUGAAAUACCCAGGCACGUUCUGGUGGACCAGGCCGGAGAGAAGUGGAAGGGGCCACUCCCCGGGCAGACCAGGACCGGACCUGAGGGCUGGAGAGGCUGAAGCCGCCAUCCUGAGCUAAGCAGGGCCCUGGCCUGGGUGCCAUGAAGCUGAACGAGCACAGCGUGGCCCACUACGCGGUGAGCGGCUCUCCAGCUGACCACAAGGGUUUCCUGCGCCGCUGCAGCAGCCCGGGAGCCCGCCAGCCCGCAGCCGGUGUGGGGGGCUCCUGUCCUCGCUGCUGGUUUGUGCUCAAGGGGAAUCUGCUCUUCUACUUUGAGGGGCAGGAGAGCCGGCCUCCGCUGGGUCUCAUUGUGCUGGAGGGCUGCACUGUGGAGCUGUGCGAGGCCCCCCAGGAGUUUGCCUUUGCCAUCCGCUUCGAUGCCCCCGGGCUGCGGCCCUACGUGCUGGCGGCUGAGGAGCAGGCCGCCCAGGAGGCCUGGGUGAAGGUGCUCUCCAGGGCCAGCUUCGGCUACAUGCGGCUGCUGGUGCAGGAACUCGAGGGGCAGCUCCGAGAGAUGCAGCUGGGCCUGGCCUGCCGCCACCCUGGCUCCCGCCGCCUGCCCCACAGGCCUCCAGACCAGCCACCCCCCCAGCUGGAGGACGAGGGUAUCCCCCUGGCAGAUGCAGAACGGGAUGAGGCAGCCACAAAGCUCCCUGCUCCCCUUGGCCGCCGUCGCCUGGCAGAGAACUGUCCCUGGGGCCCGGCUUGUUUGCCCCUGAAUGGGGGGGACAGCCCAGUGUCCCCAGAGACCUCCUGCUUCCCCAAGCUGCAUGACUGGUAUGGCCAGGAGAUCAUGGAUCUGCGGAGGGAGUGGCUGCAGGCCAGGAGCCUGGGUGGAGGCCUGUGAGGGGCAGGGCAGGGCAGGGCAGGGCAGGGCAGGGCCAGGGCUCCAUCUGGCUUGUGGGGGUCCAGCUCAGCUCUGUGGAAGAAGCUGCCUUUUCACUCUCCCUAACCCCAGCCCCAACUCCCUCCUUUCCUAUCUUUGUUAAGACACCUUCCCUCCUCUGCCACUUUGGUCACUGUCCACAGGGAGGUGUCACACCCCUCUUUCCUCUCCCUAAUUGCUGGGUGGAAAGGAACCCCGACACAGGCCUCAGAAGCCAGUCAGAAAGGAAAGGCGGCUACUGAGUGGUGGGUGACCUGAGGGGAGUCACUGAGCAACUCUGAGCCUCAGUUUCUCCAUUUGUAAAAAUAAUCAGGAAGGGGAUCUCUAAUAGCUCUGAAUCCUAUGAUACCAGAACAUAACAUGGCAAGAAAAAGGAUAAUAAUGAGACAGUUUAGCCUAGUGGAUAGAGCUGGCCUCAACCGCAGGCAUUGUGAACCUCAUUUUACAGAUGGGGAAACUGAGGCCUGAGGCAGGGAUGUCCCUUGGCCACAUGUGGAAGGGAGGGCUGAGCUGGAGCCAUCUGCCUCCUGCCAGGCUCUUUCUCUCCAUGUGGCCUUCCUUGGGGCUGUCAUGGAGGGAUUCUUAUCGGGGUUAGAUUGGGUGAUUUUGGGCAAUCUGUUAAUUCCCAUUGAAAGAAAAAGCCUGUAGCCAAACCAGAGGCUCAUGGGUCCCGUGAGCGACUCCUUGUCUUGCAGCCCAAGGGACAUAAGGAGAUAAGGACAGAGAGGAAGACUGCAGUGAGGCCAGGCCUUUCCUCCCAGAGGCUGUCAGAUGCCAGGCAUAACCCAGGGGUCACUGACCUAGCCCAAAACCUGGAAGGUCCUUCCGUGUCACCUAAUCCAACCUUACCCUUUAAAGCUGAGGAAACUGAGGCUCACAGAGGCUGGGCAGUGUGUGAGGCAGGACCCCUGGGUCCUGGAGAGAGGCCUGAGAAGUGGGGGGUAGCUGUCAAGGGGGGGGCUCACCCCUUCCCUCUUGGCUCUGGUGGGAAUUCACAAUGCAGAGCGGAGCAUCUGAGUCAGAAGGAAGGUUCCCCGUCUGCAUCUGACUGAUGGGGAGGAGGCCCAGGCAGGGAGUGGUGAGACUAGAACCCGGGACCCCUGGCUAGCUGGUGGCUGUGCUCCUUCCUCCCUGCUGGGACAGGCACCCAGUUGUGGGCUUGGAGAGGCCUGUGUUUGACCCCUGCCUCCUGGGGCCCUGCACAGGAAUGUGCACAAAGGACCAGGCACCCCAGAACGGCUUUGAUGGUCCCCACAGGGUCCAGGGACUGGGUCUGACCCCCUCAGGGUCAGCAUCCACUCAAGUAAGCUGGCUGUUUUCUUGUGCCCUGCAGGACAAGGAAGCCCCUAAGGCCACAGGCUGGGCCAGCUGGUGGCACAGUACAGAGGGCUGGGCCCUGGUUCAAAAUCCAGCCUCAGAUGCUGUGUGACCCUGGGCAAGGCACAUCCUCUCUGCCUGCCUCAAUUUACCCAACUGUAAAAUGUGAGAAUAGCACUUCCCUCCCCAAGAUUGUUGUGACUAUCAAAUGAGAGCUCUGUAAAGCACUUAGCACACACCUGGUACACAAUAGGUGCUAU